GCUCGCAGACACUGCCACCCACCAGCUCCGACACCCGCAGCAGCGCCGACGCCGCCGCCCACCUUCCGCCGCCGCCGCCACAGCCACCUUCUCCUCCUCCGCUGUCUUCUCCGGUCCUCGCCCUCUGUCAACUAUCAGGUGAGUCUUAAACCGGGAUGGCUGAGCCCCGCCAGGAGUUCGAUGUGAUGGAAGAUCAUGCUGAGGCGUACGGGCUGGGGGACAGGAAAGACCAGGGUGACUAUACCCUGCUGCAAGACCAGGAGGGUGACAUGGACCAUGGCCUAAAAGAGUCUUCUCCACAGACCCCCGCUGGUGACGGAUCUGAGGAACCCAGCUCUGAAACCUCUGAUGCUAAGAGCACCCCGACAGCCGAAGACGCGACAGCGCCCUUAGUGGAUGAGAGAGCCCCCGGCGAGCAGGCUGCGGCCCAGCCCCACAUGGAGAUCCCAGAAGGAACCACAGCUGAAGAAGCAGGCAUUGGAGACACGCCCAGCCUGGAAGACCAAGCUGCUGGACACGUGACCCAAGAGGAGUGGAGAGUUCCUGGCCAGCAGAGCGAGGCAGCUGAGAGGCCCCUGGCCAAACAGCCGAGCCCUCAGGCCCAGCCCGGACACGGUGGAGAAGCUUCUGGGGUCUCGGUGCCGCCUCUCAGGGAGAAGCAGACAGAAGCUCCCGUGCUGGGGACCACUCGCUUUCCUCAGCAGCACCCCCUUUGCCCAGUGUCUCCCCAAGCAGAAGGCCCUCAGGAGCACCCCCAGCUGUGGGAACCAGAAGGUGGGGACCAGGCCAAGAAGAGUCUGGCCUUUCCCAAGCUCCUCUCCCCCGAGUGUCUCCACCCUGAGAGUGUCAAAGUUCCCCAGGAAGGUGUCCUUGGGGAGCCAGGACGCCAUGGAGAUGAGGCCUCGGGCACAGGGAUGCCAGGCUUGAGCCAUCCACAGGUGUCCACCAUGCCCAAGGCUCCCCCACUGCCUGAGGGCCCCAGAGAGGCCGCACACCAGCCUUCAGGGACACGAUCUCAGGACACAGAGGGGAGCCAGCAGCACCUGGGAGACCUGCAUCAGGAGGGGUCACUUCUGAAGGGGCCUGGAGGCAAAGAGAGGAUGGGGGGUGAGGAGGAGGAGGAUGAAGACCGUGAUGUGGACGAGUCCUUGCCCCAGGCCUCCCCUCCCUCGCAGGCCUCCCCCACCCAAGGCAAGCCACCCUUCCACACAGUCUCCAGAGAAGCCGCUGGUGUCCUAGGGUUCCCAGCUGAGGGUGCCAUUCCCCUCCCCAUCGACUUCCUCUCCAAAGUUUCUGCAGAGACCCCCACCUCAGAGCCUGACAGGCCCCUUGUAGGGCUGUCAGAGGAAGGGCAUGACGCACCCCCUGAGUUCACGUUCCACGUGGAAAUCAAACCCAACGUGCAGAAGGAACAGGCGCGUUCAGAAUUGGACUCCGAAAGGGCCACACUUCCAGGGGCCCCUCGAGAAGAGCCACAGGCCCAGGGCCCCUCUCUGGGAGAGGAUACAAAAGAGGCUGACCUUCCAGAACUAUCUGAAAAGCGUCCUGCAGCUGGCCUGCGGGGGAAGCCAGUCAGCCGUGUCCCCCAGCUCAAAGCUCGCAUGGUCAGCAAAGGCAAAGAUGGGACUGGAAAUGAUGACAAAAAAACUAAGACAUCCACACCUUCCUGUGCUAAAACCCUGAAAAAUAGGCCUUGCCUUAGCCCCAAACGCCCCACUCCUGGUAGCUCAGACCCUCUGAUCCAACCCUCCAGCCCUGCUGUGUGCCCAGAGCCACCUUCCUCUCCUAAACACGUCUCUUCUGUCACUCCCCGAACUGGCAGUUCUGGAGCAAAGGAGAUGAAACUCAAGGGUGCUGAUGGUAAAUCGAAGAUCGCCACACCCCGGGGAACGGCCCCUCCUGGCCAGAAAGGGGCCAACGCCACCAGGAUUCCAGCAAAAACCCCGCCUGCCCCUAAGACACCACCCAGCUCUGGUGAACCUGCAAAAUCUGGGGAUCGCAGCGGCUACAGCAGCCCCGGCUCCCCAGGCACCCCUGGCAGCCGCUCACGCACCCCGUCCCUGCCAACACCGCCAACCCGAGAGCCCAAGAAGGUGGCAGUGGUCCGCACUCCACCCAAGUCACCAUCUUCCGCCAAGAGCCGCCUACAGACGGCCCCCGUGCCCAUGCCAGACCUGAAGAACGUCAAAUCCAAAAUUGGCUCCACCGAGAACCUGAAGCACCAGCCAGGAGGCGGAAAGGUGCAGAUAAUUAAUAAGAAGCUGGAUCUUAGCAACGUCCAGUCCAAGUGUGGCUCAAAGGAUAAUAUCAAACACGUCCCAGGAGGCGGCAGUGUGCAAAUAGUCUACAAACCAGUUGACCUGAGCAAGGUGACUUCCAAGUGUGGCUCAUUAGGCAACAUCCACCAUAAACCAGGAGGUGGCCAGGUGGAAGUCAAAUCUGAGAAGCUGGACUUCAAGGAUAGAGUCCAGUCGAAGAUUGGGUCCCUGGAUAAUAUCACCCACGUCCCUGGUGGAGGGAAUAAAAAGAUCGAAACCCACAAGCUGACCUUCCGUGAGAACGCCAAAGCCAAGACAGACCACGGGGCGGAAAUUGUGUACAAGUCGCCCGUGGUGUCUGGGGACACGUCUCCACGGCACCUCAGCAACGUCUCCUCCACUGGCAGCAUCAACAUGGUAGACUCACCCCAGCUCGCCACACUAGCCGAUGAAGUGUCCGCCUCCCUGGCCAAACAGGGUUUGUGAUCAGGCCCCCGGGGCGGUCAAUAAUCGUGGAGAGAAGAGAGUGAGAGUGUGUGGAAAAAAAAAGAAUAAUGAUCUGGCCCUUCGCCCUCUGCCCCCCAGCUGCUCCUCACAGAUGGGUUAAUCGGUUCAUCACCUAACCUGCUUUUGUCGCUCGGCUUUGGCUCGGGACUUCAAAAUCAGUGAUGGGAAUAAGAGCAAAUUUCAUCUUUCCAAAUUGAUGGGUGGGCUAAUAAUAAAAUAUUUU